AUGUCGAAUUUUGAACCGAAUGCAGUUAUUCGCGGCUUCCAGCUGACCGUGGUUGGCACUGUUCGUGCUUUGAUAAAUCCAAGGCUGUUCAAAUAUGAUCAUUUUCGACAGGCAGCCCUUGCCAUAGGAAUUGGGAUCAUCAUCCAACUUAUCGUCCAGAUCCCGAUCGUCGCAGUCAGGUUGCUCAUCUGGACCAGCUCAUGGGUUGUUAAUCUAGAGGAUGUCACCUGGGACGAUAAUCUUCUCAGCGGCCUUGACUUCCUGAACAAGUCCGUCUUGCAGGUCCCAUUCUUACUCAUGACGUUACUGAGAUACAUCACUCCCACUCUUGAUGAGAUCUUCAUGGAAUCCUUAAAUUGGGUUGAUACUACUUACGUGCAAAAACAUAAGACCGACGACCCCAAGACUCUGCGCGCCAUGUACUAUCCAAAUCUAGUCCAAUAUUCGGCCAAAGCCGACAAGAGCCAAUCCAAGCCGAUUCUUGAAGCACUUCUAGCGUUCGCCAAAAGAUACGGACGCAAGGUUGGCAUGCUUUUAGGAAUCUACCUCGCCUCUCUCAUACCUGUCGUGGGCCGCUUCGUGAUGCCCGCAGCCUCGUUCUAUACCUUCCGCAAUGCGGUUGGAACCACGCCUGCUGCCGUCAUUUUUGGGUCCGGAAUCAUCCUUCCCAAGCACUACCUCGUCACUUUCCUGCACAGUUAUUUUGCUUCUCGCAGCUUGAUGCGAGAAUUGCUCGAGCCAUACUUCACCCGUGUUCGAUUCACCUCUGAACAAAAGCGCCGCUGGUUCAAAGAUCGCGAAGGGGUUCUCUUUGGUUUCGCAUUUGCGUUCACAUUUGUCCUGAAAAUCCCCAUCAUCGGAGUCCUCAUGUAUGGCGUAGCGGAGGCUUCCACCGCGUACCUUGUCACCAAAAUCACCGACCCGCCACCCAGUCCCGCUCAAAGCGAAGGCUUCGCAGAAACCCAGGUUACGUGGAAGAAUAAGCACGACUUCCUAGAGUUGUCUCUUGAUAAGCUUGAUAAGCUGAACGUGGCCGCUCAUGAGCAGGAGACACCAAAGCCCGAAACCCCCGGGCGGAAGUUCGCCUAG